UUGCACCCGAGAAAUAGGACAUCAAUCAACGAUCCACACAUUGUGAUGGUGGGAAGAAGCCAGCAAGAAGUGACUGGUCAUGUAGAAAUUAUUGCUUCUUCCGAAUUCAGAAUUAAUAACAUGUUCUUUCUCCAGCUGAAAGUAAUUGCGGUCGAUGGACAGUUGAGAGUCAUCUAUGAGGACAGUAUUAAUUUUGACAAAGAUCUGCCAGAAUUUGGCACUCAAGGUGGUGUUUACAUGCAUGAUGACAGAUUAUCAGUCUCUUCUCCUGUGUUAAUGUGGAUCAAGGCCCUGGAUCUGAUUCUGGAAAAAAUGAAGUCUGCAGGCUUUAAUUUCUCCACUGUAAAAGCUUUGUCUGGAGCUGGACAGCAACAUGGAAGUGUCUAUUGGAAAGAAGGAGCGAGCUCUGUUUUGCAGAAUUUAUCACCUGUGCUUCCUUUACAUCAAUCACUGAAGAAUUGCUUUUCUCUCAGCAACAGCCCAGUCUGGAUGGAUUCCAGCACAGCUGCCCAGUGUAAGUCUCUGGAAAAAAAGGCCGGAGGGGCUCAGAAAUUAGCCGACAUCACUGGAUCCCGAGCUUAUGAGCGUUUUACAGGAAACCAGAUAGCGAAGAUUUACAGCCAGGAUCCUGAAGUCUAUUCACAAACCGAGAAAAUAUCCUUGGUCAGCAACUUUGCAGCUUCUCUUUUCUUAGGGGCCUAUGCUCCCAUAGAUUAUAGUGAUGGAUCUGGCAUGAAUUUAUUGCAGAUUCGGGAAAAAGUUUGGAAUCCAGUCUGCCUUGAUGCUUGUGCACCCCAGUUGGGAAAAAAGCUGGGCCAACCUGUUCCCUCCAGCAAAAUACUGGGUUUAAUUUCACCCUAUUACACUGAACGCUUUGGGUUUAAUCCUGCCUGCAAAAUAGUAGCAUUUACUGGAGACAAUCCAGCGUCUCUGGCUGGAAUGAGACUUUCUGAAGGAGACAUAGCAAUUAGCCUCGGCACUAGUGAUACCCUGUUUCUCUGGAUUAAAGAGCCAAACCCUGCUCUGGAGGGUCACAUUUUCUGUAAUCCAGUUGAUUCACAAGCAUUUAUGGCCCUACUUUGCUACAAGAAUGGCUCCUUGAUGCGAGAGAAGAUCCGAGAUGAACUUGCGUUGGGCUCGUGGGAAGAAUUCUCAAAAGCUCUUGAAUCAACAGCAGCUGGAAAUGGUGGAAAGGUGGGUUUUUAUUUUGAUGUGAGGGAAAUUACACCAGGAGCUGUGGGAAUUCACAGGUUCGAUGACCACAAUGUCGAGACACCAGCAUUCCCAAAGGAAGUGGAAAUACGGGCCUUGAUCGAAGGACAAUUCAUGGCCAAAAGGAUCCAUGCAGAAAAGCUGGGCUAUAAAAUACUGCCAACCACAAAAAUCUUGGCUACCGGCGGGGCGUCGCACAACAAGGCAAUUUUACAAAUCUUGUCUGAUGUCUUCAGUGUUCCAGUGUACACAAUCGACACUGCUAAUUCAGCCUGUUUAGGCUCCGCUUACAGGGCUAUCCAUGGACUCACGGCAGAGGAAGGACUGCCCUUGACCGAUGUUGUGAAAUCAGCACCGGGCCCCCGAUUAGCUGCUACUCCAACUGCAGGCGCAAGUCAGAUCUACCAACCUUUACUUAAAAGAUACCUGGAACUUGAGCAGAAGGUGCUGAAUAAAUCAAAAUAGUAUCUUCGAAGAGAAUCUAUCAGUAAUGAUUUAAAUGAAGAGCAUAUUGGAGAGUGAAAGAAACUGGACCCAUAGUUGUGUGGAACAUUCCUUGGUUUUGUAAUUGAAACUAUUGUGGAAUAAAUGCUACCCUUGUUCUGUUCA